GUAGUGUGUUGAGUACAAUUGAAAUACGGACGUCUUAUUGUAGAACAUAAAGUCAGUGUUCAAGGAACUGACAGGGGAGGAGCUGGGAGAAGUUCUUACUAUGGCAGACAGAGAAGACACACAAGGCAACGCUCGCCUGGCACUGCACUGCGCAGUUAUACUUGCGAACGAGAUUGGGGCGCCUAAAGGUCAACAGCUGGCUGAGGAGCAGGAUGGCCCCGCGCCGAUGAAGAGGCAGAAGACAGGAGGUCAGGACAUGGAAGAACGAGUGGAUGACCUGAAAAAGAAAGUAAGGCUGCUGGCACUUCAAAACGAGCCUUCAGAGGCGUUGAUACUAUUAACGUUAGAGGAACUGGCGUCGGUUUCCCGCCGCCAUUCCCAUGCUGACGCGGAGACUGUUGAGGAAUUAUAUCGUCAGGCCUCUAGACACCAGGGGGAGGUGAAUAUUGCGGCAUUAUGUUUGUCUGUCCUUAAUGGACAAGCUUCAGACCUGGUGUCUAAGGCUCUGGCAAAAUGUCUCAAAACUAAGGAAGUUGAGAAGCAAGAUGCACCGAAAGAGUCUUCUCCACUUGCAGGUUUAUAUCCUCAGAUGCCACAGGCUCAGUGGCCGAUGUUACCUCCUGCACAUACGGGAUUCAGCUAUCCGUAUUCUUUCGGCCAUGCAUUUAGACCUAGGUAUAAACCAAGAGGGGGAAGGUCUCCUUUCCGUCCGAGGGGUGCUUGCCUGUUCUGUGACUCUACGGAGCAUCAGGUUAAAGACUGUAUGCUCAUGAAGAGAGCUAAACAGAAGAACUGAAUCAAUACAACUAGUAGUCAUAUAGUCACACAGUUGUAUUAUGUGUCUUUUUCAAUUAGUGUGUCAUUUUAUUUCCAUCUAUUGAUUCAAAAUGUUUAUACAUGAACACUUUAUGAAACUGAAUGGAGCUAUAUAUUUUACUCAGAUGUAUCGCAUAUCGUUUUAAUGCAAGUG